CGUCACUGCAUUUUAUCAUAUCACCAAUUUAUGAAAUUUGGAGAAAUAAAUAAGCUGAAGAUUUGCUCUGAAGCCUUGACUCUUACUUCACAUAUAAGCUUAUUACACCAAAAAAGGAACAGAAAAAAAAAGAAGGAAAAAGGAUAAAACAAUGUCAUCUUCUAUGAGCGAGGCGGAAGCUAAAUGGCGCGAGCAAUUUGCUGCCAUGAAAACUGCAUUAGCAGAGUUGAAAUUACCUGACAAGCAUCUCCCAGUGGAUGCGAAUUUAGAUCUUGACUUCGACUUGGACGACGAUGACUUCACUUCUGGCAAUAGUGGUGACGAUGUGUGGGAUUUCAUAGAAGACAACGAAGAAGAUCUUUACAGCAGCGAUUUUGUCGAGGAUGACAGCACACAGCUUGAUGGAGCAAGCUAUGGUCCAACUUGGUUCACAAAAUAUUGCUCUGAUAUUUCUAGCAAGAAGAACGGCUUGUCGUCGGAUGCCUUCCAGGCCCAGAUUUUAGAUAUACUGGGCUCCCAACGGUCCGAAGACGAACUGCAAUCUUCCCUUACCGAUCUUGUUGGGUUUGAUGACCUCGAUUUCGUCAUUGAAGUCUUGUCUCACCGGCAACAACUGCUUUCCAGUUUUGCUAGUUUUGCUGCUCAACAAACACAUGAGCCCGCCGGCCGACUUUUGACAAAAGCCGAAAGAGACGAGGUGCUUCGCCAGAGGGAUCUAGAGCAUAAGAAUGCUGCUCUUGCCCCUAGCAUGCAUAAGGAGAUUCAAUAUCCACACGUAUAUAAGACCCAUAGUGCUGGAAAUACCCUAAACUAUGCCGGAAAGAAGUACGGGUUGCCCGUUGGAAGCGAGAGGACACAGCAUGAAAAGUACGAAGAGUUCUACAUUCCUGCUGGGAAAGUCGGUACGCUCCUCCCUGGCCGGAAACUCGUGAAUAUUGCCGAUAUGGAUGGACUGUGCCGAAGAACAUUCAAAGGCUACAAGGCCUUAAAUAGGAUGCAAAGUCUAGUAUAUCCUGUCGCUUACAAAACUAGCGAGAACAUGUUGAUUUGCGCCCCUACCGGUGCUGGUAAAACGGACGCAGCUAUGUUGACGAUUUUGCAAACGAUCAGUCAGUAUGUGACACCGAAUCCUAUUGAGAAUACGGAGGCAACAGACUUUGCUGUUGAUACCCAGGAUUUCAAAAUCGUCUACGUUGCUCCUAUGAAAGCCCUGGCUGCGGAAAUCACCGACAAGUUAGGCAAGCGUCUCGCCUGGCUCGGUAUUCGCUGCCGCGAAUAUACAGGAGAUAUGCAUCUUACUAAGUCAGAAAUCGUGCAAACGCAAAUCAUCGUGACCACUCCUGAAAAGUGGGAUGUUGUCACAAGAAAGGGCACUGGUGAUACUGAGCUCGUACAAAAGGUCAGGCUUCUUAUUAUUGACGAGGUUCACAUGCUUCACGACGAGCGAGGUGCAGUCUUGGAAUCUUUAGUGGCAAGGACGGAACGACAAGUCGAAAGUACGCAGUCCUUAAUUCGCAUCGUCGGGCUCAGUGCUACACUUCCAAACUAUGUCGACGUUGCCGACUUUCUCAAGGUCAAUAGAUAUGCUGGCCUCUUCUAUUUCGAUAGUUCUUUUCGUCCAGUUCCCCUUGAGCAGCACUUCAUCGGUAUAAGGACACAGAAAGGCAAGGAUCGCAUGAAGAAGUAUAAAGAAGAUCUCGAUAUGGUAGCCUUUGAGAAGGUUAGGGACAUGCUAGAGCAAGAUCACCAAGUUAUGGUCUUUGUUCAUUCGAGAAGAGAUACUCUUCUCACUGCCAAAUCACUAUAUCAGAUAGCUACCGAGAAUGGUGAUGCAGAUCUUUUUGACCCGCAGGGACAUCCGUACUAUGAUCAAGCCAUUAGAGACAUGAAGUCUUCCAGGGCGCGGGAACUGAGAGACCUCUUACCCAAAGGCUUAGGCAUACAUCAUGCCGGGCUAACUCGAUCAGACCGGAACCUCAUGGAAAAACUGUUUGGCGAAGGCGUCAUCAAAGUGCUCUGCUGUACAGCAACUCUUGCAUGGGGUGUCAAUUUGCCGGCCGCGGCAGUUGUUAUAAAGGGGACCCAAGUUUACAGUGCUCAAGACGGCAAGUUUGUAGACCUGGGUAUACUAGACGUGCUUCAAAUAUUCGGUCGUGCUGGACGUCCGCAAUUCGAAGACGUCGGCAUCGGUAUGAUUUGCACGCCCAUAGACAAGCUGCAGCAUUACUUGACAGCAGUCACCGAGCAACAGCCUAUCGAAUCUAGAUUUUCUUCGAAACUAGUCGACAACCUGAAUGCCGAAGUUGCAUUAGGUACGGUGACUUCUAUUCCGGAAGCAGUACAAUGGAUUGGCUACUCUUAUCUGUUUGUCCGUAUGCAAAGGAGCCCUAUGGCUUACGGCAUCGAAUGGGCUGAGAUUAGAGACGAUCCGACACUCGUCCAGAGGCGACGGCAACUUGCGAUUCAAGCAGCUAGGACAUUGCAACAAAGCCAGAUGGUAAUAUUCAACGAGACCACCGAGGAGCUCAAAAGCAAAGAUAUUGGCCGCAUCGCCAGUCAGUACUAUAUUCUCCACACGAGUAUACAAGUCUUCAACAAAAUGAUGAAACCCCUAGCAACGGAAGCAGACAUCUUGAAGAUGAUAAGCGAGUGCGGAGAAUUCAACAAUAUUCAGUCGAGGGAUAGCGAAGCCAAUGAACUGACUGAUUUGAGGAAUACAGCCAGUUAUUGUGACGUUGGCGCCGGCAUUGACACGCCCCAGGCAAAAACCAACAUUCUUUUGCAGUCAUACAUCUCCAGGGCGCAACCAGAAGACUUUGCAUUAGCCAACGAUCUCAACUAUGUGGCCCAACAGGCUGGUCGAAUUUGUCGUUCUUUAUUCAUGAUCGCGCUCAAUCGACGAUGGGGCCAUCAAUGUUUAGUCUUGUUGACUCUUGCCAAGUCUAUCGAGAGGCGUAUUUGGCCCUUUCAGCACCCAUUACAUCAAUUCGAUCUACCAAAAUCGGUGCUUAAUCAAAUUGAUACGAAAGAGACUUUGACCAUUGAGACUCUCCGGGAAAUGGACAUGGCUGAGAUUGGUAAUCUAGUACAUAAUCAGAAUGCUGGCAAGAAGAUUUCCAGGAUACUCGACAAUUUUCCAACGGUUUCUGUCGAUGCUGAGAUUGCCCCCCUGAACCGGGAUGUGUUGCGGAUCAAGCUCUACAUCACGCCAGAAUUCAAAUGGAAUGAGCAUGUACAUGGAACUUCAGAAUCUUUCUAUAUCUGGGUUGAAAAUUCCGAGACAUCUGAAAUAUAUCACCACGAGUUCUUCAUACUUAACAGAAGGAAGCUAUAUGACGACCAUGAACUCAACUUCACCAUCCCUCUGUCAGAUCCCCUACCUAACCAGAUUUAUGUCCGGGCCGUGUCCGAUAAGUGGCUUGGAGCAGAGACUGUCAAUCCUGUCUCUUUCCAACACCUCAUCCGUCCGGACACGGAGAGCGUCUAUACGGAUCUGCUCAACUUGCAACCUUUGCCUAUUAGUGCUCUCAAGAAUCCAGGAUUGGAAGAGAUAUAUGCCAAGAGAUUUCAAUUCUUUAACCCUUUGCAAACCCAAAUAUUUCACACACUCUAUCAUACGCCAGCCAAUGUGUUGUUGGGGUCCCCAACGGGUAGUGGCAAAACUGUUGCUGCGGAGUUGGCUAUGUGGUGGGCAUUCCGAGAACGCCCCGGCUCUAAAGUGGUCUACAUCGCCCCGAUGAAGGCCUUGGUUCGCGAGCGAGUAAAGGACUGGGGCGCUCGGCUUGCUGGACCUUUGGGUCUGAAGCUGGUUGAGUUGACUGGUGAUAACACACCAGAUACGAGGACGAUCAAGGAUGCUGAUAUCAUUGUCACUACACCGGAAAAAUGGGACGGUAUCUCUCGUAGUUGGCAAACCAGAGGAUACGUUCGUCAAGUUGCGCUUGUGAUUAUCGAUGAAAUCCACCUUCUUGCCGGAGAUCGGGGUCCGAUUCUCGAAAUCAUCGUGUCUCGUAUGAACUACAUCGCUCAAUCCACCAAAAACGCCGUCAGACUUCUCGGAAUGUCCACUGCUUGCGCGAACGCAACAGACUUGGCUAACUGGCUUGGAGUCAAGGAAGGGCUGUUCAACUUUCGACACUCUGUACGGCCGGUACCCUUGGAGCUCUAUAUCGACGGGUUCCCCGAAGUGAGAGGAUUCUGCCCCUUGAUGCAGUCAAUGAAUCGGCCAACGUUCCUCGCAAUCAAGACCCAUAGUCCUGACAAGCCCGUGAUCGUCUUUGUGCCGUCUCGACGGCAGACUAGGCUGACAGCGAAGGAUCUCAUCAAUUUGUGUGGCAUGGAAGAUAAUCCUAGGCGGUUUGUCAAUAUGUCAGAGGAUGAUCUUCAACUACAUCUCACUAGAGUCAAAGAUGACGCGUUAAAGGAAGCGAUAAAUUUCGGUAUUGGCCUUCAUCACGCAGGGCUCGUCGAGUCAGAUCGUCAACUGGCCGAGGAGCUUUUCCUAAAUAACAAGAUCCAGAUCUUGGUGGCAACUAGCACAUUGGCUUGGGGUGUCAACCUUCCCGCCCAUCUAGUUGUAGUCAAGGGCACUCAGUUCUAUGACGCGAAGAUCGAGGGAUAUAAAGACAUGGAUCUGACAGAUGUCUUGCAAAUGCUGGGCCGAGCUGGUCGCCCACAAUUCGAUAACUCGGGCGUCGCCCGUAUUUUUACCCAGGACUCCAAGAAGGAUUUCUACAAACACUUCUUGCAUACAGGCUUUCCAGUCGAGUCAUCGCUGCAUACAGUCUUGGAUAACCAUUUGUGUGCAGAAGUAUCGGCUGAGACGAUUACAACCAAGCAAGAUGCUCUAGACUACUUGACCUGGACUUUCUUUUUCCGCCGUCUACAUAAGAACCCCUCUUACUAUGGACUUGAGAUCUCUGCCGAGGAGCAUAACACUAUCGCCGCUCAACAGAUUGCGAAUGAUUUCAUGAUCGAUAUGGUGAAUAAGUCCCUGGACGAGUUGGCUACCUCGAAGUGUGUCGAAGUUUAUCCCAACGGUGAUGUAGAUUCGACAGCCUUGGGCAAGGUCAUGAGUUACUACUACCUAUCGCACAAGACGAUUCGUCAUCUUGUCAAGUACGCAAAGCCUAGAGCCAGUUUCUUGGAUGUACUGUCCUGGAUGGCUCGGGCGACGGAGUACGAUGAGCUGCCCGUCCGUCACAACGAAGACUUGAUCAAUGCCGAGCUGUCUAAAAACCUUCCAUUCGAAGGUAACACAUUCGACCUGCCAAUGUGGGAUCCUCAUGUCAAAGCUUUUCUCCUUCUCCAGGCGCAUAUGGCCCGCAUCGACCUUCCCAUUACGGAUUACGUCGGCGACCAAACCAGCGUUCUAGAUCAGGCUAUCCGUAUCAUCCAGGCCUCUAUCGAUGUUUUGACGGAAUUAGGCUAUCUCUCCAGUUGCCUCGAGAUGAUCACGCUCCUUCAAUGCGUCAAGUCGGCCCGUUGGCCCCAAGACUCACCCCUAUCAAUUUUCCCCGGAACAAACCCCGAUACCCUAAAAGACAACGAAACUGCCCUACAAAAAUUGAGCACCUUCCGUCGGCCCCAAGUCGAAGAACUCGCCCGAAAGCUACAUAUACCGAACUCGCAACAAACCCGCUUUACCCGUGCCGUUUCUGUCAUGCCCAACGUCAGCGUCCGAGUCGACCACGUGACCGCGGAGUCCCUGACUGUGUCCCUCAAGCGACUUAACCCUAUCGUCGAGCGCGAGGCCCGCAUCUAUGCCCCGAGGUACCCGAAGCCACAAACGGAGGGCUGGUUCGUCAUCGUCUGUGACAUGGCCAAGGACGAGGUCAUUGGCGUCAAACGCACUGGCUGGAGCCAGGGAGGACCACCGAACAAGGCCGGGUCGAACGCGGUCCAAGUCGGCGCUAAACCCACGGCUAAGACGAUUUUAAGGCUGCCGGACCCGAGCCGGCGCGGUGGAGCGUCGAGGAAAGUGGAUGUCUUGGUCUUGAGCGAUGCGUACAUUGGGUUGGAGUACAGGAUUACCGGCGUCGAGGUCCCGGCGCUGCCUACAAUCGAUGAUGAUGUGGAUAAGUCGAAAAAGGGGGGUCCAGGUCAGGGUCAGGGUCAGGGACAAGGAAGCUCGGCGUGAUGAUGAGAAGGUGAUUUGAGGCUGCCUAAUCUGAUCUAAGGGUUUAUAAGCACUAAGACAGAUAAGUACCUAGAGUAGAUGGUGCAAGGAUAGAAGUACUCGAUGAAUGAAUUGACGAAUGUUUGCAGUGCCCGGGGUUGGCAUAUUCUUCUUCUUCCGGGUACCGCUCAUACUCUUCACUAUUCUCAUAUUGGGCCUGCUACCACAAGGCAAGAUAUCGCUUCGCUGGUUAGGUAGGUAUCUAACUUAUGUACCUACCUACAUAUCACCUAGUUUAACCCCAUGGCAUGCUAUUAAGAUA